AUGCAUUUUCCUGGGAAGUGGAGAAGAUGGGUUAUGGGUCUUGUUGAGUCGGCUAAAUCCUCGGUCCUUGUUAAUGGUGCUCCUACGUUCGAAUUCAAGUAUUCAAAAGGGAUAAGACAAGGCGAUCUUAUGUUGCCUUUUUUGUUUCUCAUUGGGAUGGAUGCUUUUUCGGUGAUGAUGAAGAAGGCUAUUGCCGAGGGGAUCUUCAAGGGAUUUGUAGCUCCGAAUGGGGGCCCAAGUGUUUCUUGCUUAUUGUUUGCCAAUGACUCUCUUAUUUUAGGGGAGUGGUCCGACUCGAGCGCUACCAACCUGUUAAGGUUGUUGAGAUGCUUUAACAUAAUGUCGAGCCUUAACAUUAACUAUAAUAAUUCAAGCCUUAUUGGGGUAGGAGUCAACGAAAUGGAGGUGGUUUCUAUGGCUAACAAGAUUAAUCGUAGAAUAGGAAAGACCUCUUUUCUUAAUAUUGGGCUUAAAGUUGGUGCAAAUAUGAAUCGUAUUAGUUGUUGGCAACCGACUAUAGACGUCUUUGAUUCUAGGUUGGCGACUUGGAAAGCUUCGUCGCUAUCAUUGGGGGAAGACUCAUGA